AUGGCGCCUGAUCGCACGGGAAAAAGCGUCUUCCUGGGGAACAUUCCCUACAACCUCACUGAGGAGCAAGUGAAAGACCUCCUCAGCACAGCAGGAACCGUCACGAAGUUCCGCCUUAUGAUGAACCCCGAGACAGGGAAGCCCAAGGGAUAUGGAUUUGCAGACUUCGUCGAUGCCGAUGCCGCAGCUUCGGCUGUCCGAAAUCUCAAUGACUACGAAAUUAUGGGUCGCAAGAUCCGUGUCGACUGGCCUCACAACAACGAGAAAGAUUCCAUUCCUACAGACUACCCACAAGAGUCGCAACCCACAGCUCAAGAUCCUACACAACAAAUGCAACAGAUUCCUGGUGCUGCGCCCUUGCCUCCUCUUCCACCAGGUGUCGAAGUUCCCCCCCAUCUCGACUGCCCUAAUGCUAUUUCCCAUACUCUCGCCUCUCUCCCCCCAAAUCAACUCCUCGACGUCCUCACACAGAUGAAGUCUCUUGCAGUGGCUGACCCUGCCCGCGCGACUGAGCUUCUCCGUCAAGCACCGCAGCUCGCUUAUGCGAUCUUCCAAGCGCUGUUGCUAAUGAACCUGGUCGAAUACCAGCUUCUUGGAUCUAUUGUUGAGCAGGCAGCCCAACCGCAGCCUGCAGCCCAUCAAAAUUACCAACCUUAUGGUACCCCUGCGAUUUCUACUCCCCCGGUUGCGACCACACCAUUUGCGCCUCCACCCACGCAGGCUGCACCACCUCAACCUGUGGCUGGCCAAGACGAGCUGCUCCAACAAGUCCUUGCCAUGCCACAAUCUGCUAUUGAUGCAUUACCCCCGAUGGAACGAAACCAGAUUAUGCUACUCCGUCAACAAUUGAUGCAAGGUGGUAUGCGGUAG